AUGUUUCUCCCCGCAAAUUCAUGCCGGCGUGGCUUUACUGCUACUCUUUUAGCAACAGUCGUCCUAUUCUGCCUCUUUAUUGAUUCUACGACUGCAACAAAAAUCAGAGAUGGCUCGGAUCCAGCAAUUAUGAAAAUCGAUGACACAUAUUAUUCCGCUGAUUCAGACGGCGGGUCUAUCUGGGUUCAUGCUGCAUCGUCAUUUGAGGGUCUCAGUACCUCUGAUGGUCACAAAGUCUGGUCUGACACCGCUGGCAGAGGAGAAGUCUGGGCUCCCGAGAUCACCACAGAUGGGGAGCAGUCGCUAUUCAUCUGCCGCAUGAGUGACCCGUUCACGCCGACCGGAAGUCGAUACAUCAUUUCCCAGCCGCGUGAGACAUGGGAGCAAGGCGACCACCCCAUGAUCAAUGAGGGGCCUGAGGCCAUAGUCGAUCCGAACGGACAGCUACACAUUGUCUACUCGGCCAAUGGCAGCUGGGACAACAAGUAUUGCCUCGCUGACCUUCGCCUUCGCAAGGGCGGCGACCCAACGAAUGUGUGGGAUUGGUAUAAGUCGAAUGGUUGCCUUUUUGGUUCACAUCAAGACAGAAUGAUGAGCGGUUGGGAUGCAACCCUCUACAUCGAUGGGCCCGGCCAUCACACUUUCGCACUGCCUAACGGCGAUAUCAACAAUAGUCCCGGUGGGAUGAAUCACAUCCCCUUUGUAUUCCAUGGCGUCGAAAAGGGAACUCCAUACAACUGGGGCAACCGAGCUUGGUUCACCGGCAGUUUCGUCUGGUGGAACGAGACAACUUACCACCGCAGUAAUGUGCCAGGAGACAAUGAUAAUACUGGCUUCAGCUUCAAGUUCUUUGAAUGA